GGCUCCUUUAGGUGAGGCGGGAAGCUUCGCCUGAGGAGGUCAGCCCGGAGGGACCCCACUCCCCGCUCGGACAGCCCCGCUAUGGGAAGCCGCUGGGCGCUCAGACUGGCUUUGCUGGCGCUUCUGGGCGCAUCAACAGGUGGUUCACCAUCCAUUUCCCCAUCAGGAUCUCCUUUGGUUGUGAAUAGCGGGCAAGAAUUUAAGCUGGCCUGUACCGAUGAUGGCCCAGUGACCUGGGUCUUUUACAGUGCUGACCCAUCCGUGAAGUUAAAGAAUUUCAAAACUAAAGAAGUGCAUGUUAUUCAGGCAAGACCAACAGACACAGGAACCUAUCUGUGCAAGAACAGAAGAAACUCCAACAGCUCCGUUUAUGUCUUCGUUAAAGAUCCAACGGUUCUGUUCUUUCACAGACCCACAAUCUUUGGAAGGGAAGACAGCGAUGCUCUCAUUGUCUGCCCAGUGACCGAUCCAGAUGUUUCCAAUUUCACUUUGAAAAGAUGUCAUCACAAACCUCUGCCUGAGAAUAUGACAUUGGUUCCUGAUCCUCAGAAGGGCAUCACCAUAAAACAUGUACAGAGAUCAUUUCUAGGUUGUUACUGGUGUGUGGCGCAACAAGAUGGAGUUGAAAAACAAUCAAAAGAUAUAACACUUAUGGUGAGAGCAGUUCACAAGUCCUUACCAUCCAUCACCUUGUCCGAAACAAUCCAACUUCUCAAAGAAGGUGAAGAAUUUGAAGUUACAUGUACAAUCAGGGAUAUAGAUAGUUCUCUUCAAGCUAAUUGGAUUUUUCAAGGCAAUGCGAGCCUUUCCAGCAAAAGCAAGAAUGUGCGUGAUUAUGAAUAUGAAAAAAAAUUAAGGCUGAGCAUCCGUUCAGUGGGAGUUAAUGAUUCUGGAGCAUUCACAUGCCAAGCAACCAAUGCUUUUGGAACAUCUAAUGUCACGCUAACCUUGAAUGUAAUAGGUAAAGGAUAUGUCAGCUUAUCGACUUCAACAAAUACAACACUCUACGUCAAUGACGGGGAAAAUCUGGGCUUGGUAGUAACGUAUGAAGCCUAUCCAAAACCAGAAGAGGAACUGUGGCUAUACAUGAAUAAAACACUGCAGAAUUCAUCUGAUCAUUAUGUGAGAGUCACAAAUAUAGACAAAAACAGCUAUUCCAGUGAGCUUCACCUUACACGGCUAAAGGAAACGGAAGGAGGUCUUUAUACAUUUUUCGUCUCCAACUCAGAUGCCAACUCCUCUAUAACAUUUAAUGUCUAUGUAAACACCAAACCAGAGAUUGUCACUUCGGAAAGACUGAGCAAUGGCAUGCUACUCUGUGUGGCAAGUGGAUAUCCUGCUCCUACUAUUAGCUGGUAUGUUUGCCCAGCCACUGAGCAAAGGUGUCCAGAUUCACCAAAUGUUUCUCCAGUGAAUGUAAAAACCAAAUAUAAAGAUUCAACAUUUUCUUCCUUCGGAAAGAUAAUUGUGGAGAGUACUAUUGAUACCAGCAUGUUCAAGAGCAAUAGUACAAUCACCUGUGAGGCUUCCAAUACCAUUGAUAGACGUUCAGCUUUCUUUAACUUUGCUAUUAAAGAACAAGAAAAUAACCGCAGCCUUUUCACUCCGUUGUUAAUCGGCUUUGGUGUAGCAGCAGGACUGAUGUGUGUUAUAGUCAUAAUCCUUGUUUAUAAAUAUCUCCAGAAACCCAAAUACGAGGUACAAUGGAAAGUAGUUGAUGAAAUAAAUGGAAACAACUAUAUCUACAUAGAUCCAACACAGCUUCCAUAUGAUGAGAAAUGGGAGUUUCCAAGAAACUGCCUCAGUUUCGGUAAGAUUCUAGGAGCUGGAGCUUUCGGGAAAGUCGUUGAAGCUACUGCCUAUGGUCUCUUCAAACCUGAUGGGGCAACGAGAGUGGCAGUGAAAAUGCUCAAGCCCAGUGCUCAUUUCACCGAAAAAGAAGCCUUGAUGUCCGAACUGAAGGUGCUGAGUUACCUUGGUAAUCACAUCAAUAUUGUGAACCUACUCGGAGCCUGUACUAUUGGAGGUCCUACUCUGGUCAUCACUGAAUAUUGCUGUUAUGGCGACCUUUUGAAUUUCCUCAGGAGGAAACGGGAUUCCUUUAUUUGCCAGAGGCCUGAAGAAACUGCUGUUUACAAGAACCUCCUCUAUCAGAAAGAACACAUGUAUGAUGCCACCAAUGAGUACAUGGAUAUGAAACCAGGAGUUUCUCAAGUCGUCCACGCCAAGACCACUAAAAGACUAGGGUCAUUGGCUAAUCAGGAUGUCACUGUUGCCAUUUUAGAAGAUGAUGAACUAGCUCUGGAUGUUGAAGAUCUGUUAAGUUUUUCUUACCAGGUAGCAAAGGGGAUGAGCUUUCUUUCAGCUAAAAAUUGCAUUCACAGAGACCUGGCAGCAAGGAAUAUAUUACUUACGCAUGGACGGAUAACAAAAAUCUGUGAUUUCGGCCUUGCAAGAGACAUCAGGAAUGAUUCAAAUUAUGUGGUCAAAGGAAAUGCACGGCUUCCUGUGAAGUGGAUGGCCCCUGAGAGUAUUUUUGAAUGUGUGUACACCUUUGAGAGCGAUGUUUGGUCUUAUGGAAUUCUACUUUGGGAACUCUUCUCUUUAGGAAGCAGUCCCUAUCCUGGAAUGCCUGUGGAUUCCAAGUUCUAUAAAAACAUCAAGGAAGGAUACAGAAUGUUUAGUCCAGAAUAUGCACCUCCAGAAAUCUUUAACAUCAUGAAGAGCUGCUGGGAUUCUGAUCCUGUGAAGAGGCCAACUUUUAAGCAAAUUGUACAACUGAUUGAACAGCAGAUCUCCGACACCACAAGUCAUAUUUACUCAAAUGUUUCAAACGGCAUUUGUAGUCAAGGAAAUGCCACAGAUCACUCCGUAAGAAUUAACUCGGUGGGUAGCAGCGCUUCGUCUACUCAGCCGUUACUCACACACGAGGACGUUUGAAAACAGACUCAACUCAUCUUGCUGGAGAACGUACUGUUUCAAAAUGACAAUCUGUUGCUCUAAUGGUAGUAGAAGUACUGCAGGAGUUGCUCUGUGCUGCUUUCUUUUUAAUCACAUACAAAAUUAGACUGCCCCAUGACAGCUACACCAUUGUUAACACUGCUUGCUAGGAUUUGUAUAAUUGCUAUGUUAUAGGCAAUGGUAAUGUAGAAUCAGAUUUGGGAGUGGGAAAUAGCAGUUUCAAAAAUGUAUGGAUUGUUGUUGUUGUUGUUUUAAAAAGAGCAUCGUACAAAAGGCACCAGAAUACCUGAGCCCAAAAUGCUGAUGUCUUGAGUGUGGAAGAGGAAAUAUUUGAGAAAUAUCCAUUAUCCAAAUCUUAAAGGGUUAGAAGUGAAAGCAAAACAAAAAAACUGACAUUCCAAGAACAAGGAGGUAACACUCGGUUGAGAAAUAAAUCUUGAAUGACCAUGGAACAGAACUUAUUUUUAGUAGAAAGUUGAGGGACUUAUGGCUGUGAAGCAAGCUCGUAGUCAUGGAUGUUAAAAUUAUAACUUUUUGGAGAACCACAGAUUCCCUAGCUUUGAGUUACUGCUUGCUUGUUCAAUAUUUCCAAAUGUUUCACUCUAGGCCAGUUCCCCAACCUUGGCAAUUUUAAGAGGGGUGGACUCCGCUCUCAGAAUUCUCCAGCCAGCUUGCUGUCUUGUCUGAGGAAUUCUGGGAGUUGAAAUCCAUACCUCUCAAAGUUGCCAAGAUUGAAGAAAAACCGCUUAAGCAGAAAAUAUAUAACAUGAGAGGGACAAAAAAGAAUUUACCUGCCUCAUUUCUUCUACAGGGUUCAUAUUCCAACAGACCUAUUUUCUGUACCGUUUUCUCGUUGCUUUUUUUGUCUAUGUUCAGGGCUGGGCCUGCAACUAUCAGAUGGAACCACUAGGUGUCAGCAGAGAGUUUUAAGAGUUUUCCAUGUCUCUUUGCUGCCGCUGAGUGGUGGUUCAGAACUUGCAGCUCAGAUACGGUAGUCCUGAUGGUUUCCCGCAGCAUAUAUUGGGAAGAAAAAGGAAAAAAAAAAAAAAAAAAAACCAGACUGUCAUAUGAUGGUUUCCAUAUUAACAAAGUAUCUUCAUUUGUAAGAGAGUGUAAAAAAUGUAACAUCAAUUAUGGUGGAUUUCUCAGCCUGGUGAAGACACAUGUCUACUUGUGUUUCAAAAUAAGUAAACUCCAUAUAUUCUUUGUGUAGCUCCUGUAGAUUGAGUGAAAAGAUGGCUCACUUGUUCAAUUUGUGUAUAUGUGUGACAGCGUGUAUUUAAACCAGUCGAAUAUAUUUGAUAAAACUCCACAAAUUUUUUAUCAGGAGGGCAUUUGCCUAUACUUUGAAAAAUUAUUAGAGGUAAAGCAUUUCUUAGUUACACCUGGGAGCAUCUUACUUACCUGUGUUACUGGGUAUCUGGGUAUGUCAGCAUUGAGAAAAAUAACUAAUAACAUGUUAAAAUCAUGUUAUUGGCAGGUAAACAGCAGCUAUGUGUACCCAUUGUUUGUUUGUUUUUUCUGAAAGUGCAAAACAUCCGGGGAAGACUUCAGAAUAAACCUCCUACCAAAUUCUAAAGUAUUGAUUCAUUUAGACUGCACUAGGCCUCUCACAACCUGUUAUUUACACUUACUGUAUGGUUACAUUUACAUAUAUUUCUGAUAAAAGCAAUUAUUUGACCUAUUGCAAUGUUAUUAAAUACUUCUCCAAAUGCAAGAUAAUUAAAAUGCACUCCUAAUGUGCAUUUUAAGUGCCAUUAGCCUUUUGUCAGUAAUCUGAUCUAUAAUUUAGCAUUCUUCUACGUUGUUUAGAGUUAAAACGACCGAAGUGGGCCAGCCAGUUUUAUAGACGCUUGCACUGGAGAUGUUAUACUGUUGCACCUUUCCAAAUUUUGCCAGGGUUUGGAGGGGAAUGGCUUAGUCCAAGCUCCCUAUCUGCAGAGGAUUCCCAUUCUCUUCUGUGAAGGGAACAGACUUCACACGAAUACUAUGUUCUCCUUGCAACACGCAGUAGAAUACCUUCGUAUUCUGAUCAAGGGGAAAAUUCUGCAAAGUAUUUGUGCGUACAUCCAAACCUUACCUGCUCAGUGGAGCCAUUGGACCGAUCGUUCCAGCUGAGGGGGCUAUGAGAGCUGAAGGUCUACCUUACCUAGAUGGCACCAUUGGAGAAGGCUGCCAUUAGCCCUGUUUUCACAGUCAGUACACAUAAAAGGCACAACAGGUGUCACUGUACAAGAGUGUAUGAAAGAGAUCCUCCUCCUUAUGUAAAUCAGCACUGGUAGGCUUGGAAAUGUAGGAUUGGAAACCUUGCAAAAUAGAUUCCCAGUUGCAUGGGAAGAAUCUACCUAUUCCCUCGGUGAACCACAACACAGGUUUCUUCAGCCAUGCUCCUCACUCCGUAAGACUAGAGCAGGGGUCUCCAACCUUGGCAACUUUAGGUCUUGUGGACUUCAAUUCCCAGAAUUCCUCAGCCAGCCGAGGAAUUUUGGGAAUUGAAGUCCUCAAGUUGCCAAGGUUGGAGACCCCUGGGCUAGAGAAUGGGAGCACAGAUGGAAUUCUGCUGUCUUAUUUCUCUGACUUUUGCCCGUUCGACCAGAUCGGAAGGAAGGGAGUGGGGGGAGCCCUACACAAUUUGAAUAGGAUCUAGUCCUAUCUUGAAAUUCCCAAAUUACAAUACAGAGCAAAAUCCACAUUUAUUCAAGAUGCGAAUGUAUCUUUCCUUACAAUCCUCCCAGAAGUCAGAAAGAUAAGGAGCAGAUCCUUCUUUUUACCCAGAUAUACUCAUCACACAUAAAAGCAAAUCUGAGGAGAAGUAGCAUUUUAGUUGAAUGGGUAGGAGAUAAGAGAGCUUCCCAAGUUCGAUGUAUAUUUCUGUACAGAAGGUGAAAACAGGGCUUGAGUCAUAAACUUUUACCUUCCUAAAGCUUUUAAAGCUACCAGAAAAACGCUCUCUGGCUUUUAUAGCGGUUAUUCGGAAAAUUGUAAUAAUUAUAGGCACAGCGGUACUUCAUUGGCACUUGGAUGAUUUAUUUUUUUUCCUUCUUUUUAAGAGUCUCAGAAGCUAUAUUUUUAUAAUUUUGUUUUUGUUCAAAUGUAGUUUAUGCAGCAGCUUCAGAUUUUUAAAUUUGUUUUGUUUGGUUGUAUUCUCAUGUCAAUGCUAAACUGUAGCAAUAAAGUCUUCUCAACUCUUAGGUUCUUGAGUUAAAAAUAUUUUUAUAUAAAUAUAUAUAUAUAUAUAUAAAUAUAAAUAUAUGCACAGUGCCUGUAUGUAUAAAUACAUGGAUGUUUGAAAGUUGUAUUGUUGAAAAGUUUAAAUAAAGGUGUAAAUAAGA